AGGCAAUACUUGCUGCCAGUCCGCUGGUUGAUCCCAUCGACUUCGAUAAGUUCACACCCCUACUAGAUACGGCCAGCGAGGGCAACGAAGAGGUCAGAGGGAUUCCAAUGCAGCACGGCGCGGAUGUCAAUUACAAGGUAGAUGGAGGCAUGACUCUCUUUGGUGCCAUUUUUCGAAAUCACCCAUUGGUGGUGAAAUUACUCCUUGAGUCUGGUGCGCGAGUCGACACACGCUUAGGCGACGUGGAAAAGACCUAUCUGAGCCAUAUGCACCUAGCUGCCCUCUAAUGUCGCACUGAAGUGAUCGAGAUCCUCCUUGACAACGGCACCCUGAUAGAUGAUGAUGGAACUUCCCUCAAAGCACCACCAAUUUUCGCUGCCAUGGAGUCAGGUAGCU